AUGACGACCGAUAAUAACUUUCUUACCAUUGAUGUUGUAAGUCAUGGAGAAACAUUUCAUUUAGAAGGACAUCCAUGUUCUUUGUCCGCAUUUUCCCAUGUUCCUAAAUCUCGAAAUCUACCAAGGGAAAGAACCUACUUCAAUUCUCCAGAAAAGUCACAUGGAAAGACAUGUGUUUAUGAUUUAGUCUUUUCAAAAGAGGACGACUUUAAUCCAAAACUGCAUCGAGAUGACCGUAGACAUGAUAAACACUGUGGAUUGAACAUAUAUGAAGAAGAGAAAUCCAAAGUUGUACCAUCACUUUCUUCAUCAAUCUAUGGACAUCGAUUGAAUAAAAAUAUUGAAAUAAGUGAUCGUAAACAUGCACGAAUUAUGCUAGUUGAAAGUGAAUUCUAUCGUCGUAAUGGAAUUGAUCUGUAG